GAACCAUCUCCUCUUCAGACCCCAGGGAUAGUGCGACUGGGCUUCGUGAUCGCUUCACCGAGGCUGCUCCCUGCUCUGCAGGACCGCGGAGCGGAGCAUCCCCUCUCAGUUCUCCCGGGACUGCGGGCUGUGGGCGUGAACACAAUCAAGCAGCAUUUUAAAAUUUUGCUGGAAAGUGGAGACAUGAGACUGAAGAUAUCACUUUUAAAAGAACCAAAACAUCAAGAAUUAGUAAGCUGUGUGGGCUGGACUACUGCUGAAGAACUGUAUUCAUGUAGUGAUGAUCACCAGAUAGUGAAGUGGAAUCUGCUAACCAGUGAAACAACUCAAAUAGUAAAGCUUCCUGAUGACAUUUACCCAAUAGAUCUUCACUGGUUUCCCAAAAGUUUAGGCAUCAAGAAACAGACUCAAGCUGAAAGCUUUGUCCUCACCAGUUCAGAUGGUAAAUUUCAUCUGAUUUCUAAGUUAGGAAGAGUGGAGAAAAGUGUAGAAGCUCACUGUGGAGCAGUACUUGCAGGAAGAUGGAAUUAUGAAGGAACAGCAUUGGUUACAGUUGGAGAAGAUGGACAAAUAAAAAUAUGGUCAAAGACUGGGAUGCUAAGAUCAACUUUAGCUCAGCAAGGGGCACCAGUGUAUUCAGUUGCGUGGGGCCCUGAUUCAGAAAAGGUUCUUUACACAGCAGGCAAACAACUGAUCAUUAAACCUCUUCAACCAAAUGCUAGAAUUUUACAGUGGAAAGCUCAUGAUGGCAUUAUUUUAAAAGUAGAUUGGAAUUCGGUCAAUGAUCUUAUUUUAUCUGCUGGUGAGGACUGUAAAUAUAAGGUAUGGGAUAGUUAUGGACGUCCCCUCUACAAUUCACAACCUCAUGAGCAUCCUAUAACUUCAGUUGCCUGGGCUCCAGAUGGAGAAUUAUUUGCUGUUGGGUCAUUUCAUACUUUACGCUUGUGUGAUAAAACUGGGUGGUCAUAUGCUUUAGAAAAGCCCAACACUGGCAGCAUAUUUAAUAUUGCAUGGUCGGUUGAUGGCACUCAGAUCGCAGGAGCCUGUGGGAAUGGCCAUGUUGUUUUUGCACAUGUGGUGGAGCAGCGGUGGGAAUGGAAAAAUUUUCAAAUAACAUUAACUAAAAGAAGGACCAUGCAGGUUCGUAAUGUUCUUAAUGAUGCAGUGGAUCUAUUGGAAUUUCGUGAUAGAGUCAUUAAGGCAUCUUUGAACUAUGCACACUUAGUGGUUUCAACGUCUCUUCAAUGUUAUGUGUUCUCUACAAAGAACUGGAAUACACCACUAAUUUUUGAUCUCAAAGAAGGAACUGUUAGUUUAAUUCUGCAAGCAGAAAGACAUUUUCUUCUUGUAGAUGGUGGUGGAAUCUACUUAUAUUCUUAUGAGGGACGCUUUAUUUCUUCUCCAAAAUUUCCUGGGAUGAGAACAGAUAUUCUGAAUGCACAGACUGUGUCUCUUAGUAAUGAUACCAUAGCAAUAAAAGACAAAACUGAUGAAAAGAUAAUCUUCCUUUUUGAGGCAUCAACUGGAAAGCCUCUAGGUGAUGGGAAGCUUCUUUCUCACAAGAAUGAAAUUUCAGAAAUUGCUCUGGAUCAAAAAGGACUUACCAAUGAUAGAAAAAUUGCUUUCAUUGAUAAAAACAGAGAUCUCUAUAUCACCUCAGUAAAACGAUUUGGGAAGGAAGAACAAAUUAUCAAACUUGGAACAAUGGUGCAUACUUUGGCGUGGAGUGAUACAUGCAAUAUCCUUUGUGGACUUCAAGAUACUCGAUUUACAGUGUGGUAUUACCCCAACACAGUGUAUGUGGACAGAGACAUCUUGCCUAAAACACUAUAUGAAAGGGAUGCAAGGUGGGACCUAAGGACUUGAACCCAGGUCCUUGCACACUGUACUGUGCACUUGACCAGGUGUACCAUCACCCAGCCGCUGCAAGGUAACAUCU